UGGAGGGAAGUUAUAUUCAAGACGCUUAUGAUGACACCAUAACCACUGAUCAUACAAAUCAGCAAACUACAUAUGAGAACCAUUUGAAGCAGGUGCUGCAAGUACGUCGAGAAAUUGUGCGGAAUGACGAAAACUAUCGAAACAAAAUGCUUGUUUGCGCAAGCGUUCAUCGGAGAAAACCAGCAUUUAACCCAGGCGAUAAAGUCGCGAUCGCUCCAGAUCACGACAAUAAUCAAAAGACAAGAAAACGAAAGUUAGAGCAGGCAUGUAGUAUAACAGGAGAGGUGAUUGGCAUGUGUAGUAAUAAUAGAACUGUCAGAAUUGAGGUAGAUGGACAAGUGAAGACGUUUGCAGCAAAAAAUGUUAAGAAACUUAGUAAUUAG